AUGACUCUCCGCCGCGUCCAUCAGGCCCCGGAUCAGAGGAUCCAGAGCCAGAUCACUGCCGUACCCCAGCCGCGGCCAGUGUUUGACCUCAACUUGUCCUCGUUCUCUGGCUUCUCUGACUUCUAUCAACUCGUCCUUUCACCUCUCACCCAGCUCGGGGAUCCAGAUGUGGACUUGUUACCCCGGCACCCCGGUAACCCCAACCAGCAGUGGGGUAUUGCCUAG